AGCGAGAGAAAAGAGGGGGGCACACGAGCCAACCCGAGUCAGUAGGAGCGGAUUAAGUGACGGGGUGUAACCGAAGUCGUUCAAGUUGGAACGGCAGAAACUAUCCUAAGGGAUCGUCUCAUCAAAUUUUUAGAUUUGGACAACCCUCGUUUAUUUGGACGUUUUUAUCCGGGGAACAUCUACUGUGUCGCUGUAUGUCCUGAACGAGGCUGGGGGAAGUGGAGUGAAUUACAGUAAACGUGCUGUCGCUUUCGGACGAGCUCGAGGGGAGAAACCCUGUACAGGUCAGUCUGCCCUCGUUCUCCCAGACUCGGACCUCUCCUCCACGAUCCCCGCCCGCCCCGAAUUCUCCCGCCGGCCCUCAGGAGGGGGAGCGCCAUGUCUUAACCCACCCCCCAACCCCGCGUCCUGCCUAAAACCCCCCUCCCCCCCCCCCCCCCCCCCAUGCGUUCCCCGCCCGGCCCGGCACGGGAGAGAUGAGCCUGCAGAGGCAGCAGCGGGCCAUGGGCUCCGACCGGGACCUGCAGAAGAAGGCGCCCAAGAAGCGCCGCCUCUCCCUGCACUCGCUCUUCCGCCGACGCGAAGCCAAACGGCGGCCCCGCGACGCGCCCGCGGGCCCGGAGGGCCCGUCCUGCGCGGAGACCGUCCCGUCCGAGAACCGCAACUCCGCCCUCCCCGGCAUGGGCGCGGCCGCGGCCGCCGCCGCCUCCUCCACCUCAUCCCUGGGCCCCGCCCCCUCCGCGCAGGCGGGCGGGGCGGCGCCGUCGGCGGAGCUGCUGGAGUGCCCGCUGUGUCUGCUGAGGCACAGGCGGGACCGCUUCCCCGACAUCAUGACGUGCCAGCACCGGUCCUGUGCCGAGUGCCUCAGGCAGUACCUGCGCAUCGAGAUCUCGGAGAGCCGCGUCAACAUCAGCUGCCCGGAGUGCGCCGAGCGCUUCAACCCGCACGACAUCGCCGCCAUCCUGGCCGACCGCGCGCUCAUGGAGAAGUACGAGGAGUUCAUGCUGCGCCGCUGGCUCGCCGCCGACCCCGACUGCCGCUGGUGCCCCGCCCCCGACUGCGGGUACGCAGUCAUCGCCUUCGGCUGCGCCAGCUGUCCUAAGAUCACGUGCGGCCGGGAGGGGUGCGGGACGGAGUUCUGCUACCACUGCAAGCAGCUGUGGCACCCCAACCAGACCUGCGACGCUGCCCGGCAACAGAGGGCCCAGAGCCUGAGGCUCCGCACUGUCCGCUCCUCCUCUCUGAGCUUCAGCCAGGAGAGCGGAGCUACAGCCGAUGACAUCAAGCCGUGUCCGCGCUGUGCUGCUUACAUCAUCAAGAUGAACGACGGCAGCUGCAAUCACAUGACCUGUGCGGUGUGCGGCUGUGAGUUCUGCUGGCUGUGCAUGAAGGAGAUCUCAGACCUGCACUACCUGAGUCCCUCUGGCUGCACGUUCUGGGGGAAGAAGCCCUGGAGCCGUAAGAAGAAGAUCCUGUGGCAGUUGGGCACGCUGGUGGGCGCCCCGGUGGGCAUCGCCCUGAUCGCUGGCAUCGCCAUCCCCGCCAUGAUCAUCGGCAUCCCCGUGUACGUGGGGAGGAAGAUCUACAACCGCUAUGAAGGAAAGGACAUCUCGAAGCACAAGAGGAACCUGGUGAUCGCUGGGGGCGUGACGCUGUCUGUGAUCGUGUCUCCGGUGGUGGCCGCCGUCACUGUGGGUAUCGGGGUGCCCAUCAUGCUGGCGUACGUGUACGGUGUGGUGCCCAUCUCUCUGUGUCGCAGCGGGGGCUGCGGCGUGUCGGCCGGCAACGGCAAAGGGGUGCGCAUCGAGUUCGACGACGAGAACGACAUGAACGCGGGCGGAGGAGUGGCGGCCACAGACAGCACCUCGGUGGCGGACACGCGGAACAACCCGAGCAUCGGCGAGGGCAGCGUGGGCGGGCUGACGGGCAGCCUGAGCGCCAGCGGGAGCCACAUGGAGCGCAUCGGCGCCAUGAGAGACAACCUGAGCGACAACGCCAGCACCACCGCACUCGCAGGGGCCAGCAUCACCGGCAGCCUGUGUGGGAGCGCCAUGGUCAGCUGCUACAACAGGCUGGAGGUGCAGGCGGACAUUCAGAAGGAGCGCUGCAGCCUGAGUGGGGAGUCGGGCACCGUCAGCCUGGGCACCAUCAGCGACAACGCCAGCACCAGAGCCAUGGCCGGGUCCAUCCUCAGCUCCUACACGCCCCUCGACAGGGACGGCAGCAGCGUGGAGGUGCAGGUGGACAUCGAGUCCAAGCCCGGAAAGCUCCGGCACCACAGCGGGGGCAGCGUGGACGAGGGCCGCCGCGGCUCCGGCAAGUGGGCCAAGGAGCCCUCCUCCUCCUCCUCCUCCUCGCUGGGGAAGAAGGGCAAGGGCAAGCUGCGGACGCGCGGGGGCGGCAUGCGGGAGUGGCGGGAGGACAUGGACGCCCAGCUGCUGGAGCGCGGCGGCGGCGGCGGCGGAGGCCAGGGCAGCGAGCCGGACUCGCCCUCGCUCAGCGACAGCGUGCCGUCCGUGGCCGGGUCGCACUGCAGCCACCUGUCCGAGCUCAGCGGCUCCGAGCCCGACACCCACGGCCGCUUCGCCCCCGCGCCCGUCAGCCCGCUGCCCGAGGUGGAGCACGACCGGCUGGAGAACGGGCCCCGGGCCUCGCCCCCGCGCCACGUCGCCGAGGAGACGGUCAGCCUCAUCCGCCCCGCCCGGCCCGACAGCCCCGCCCGCCACGCCGGCGUCCAGACCGAGAUCUAGCGCCUUCCCCCCCCCCCCCCCCCCCCCGGGACUCUUCACGCUCCUUUCACACUUGCCGCUAACGGACCGCGGAGAGCGGUCUGCCCCGCGCUCCGUUUGUCACGGGAGUCUGCUCCUGCUGCCGCUUUUCUCAUUUUCAGCUUUCGGAUUCAUCCGUUUUGUUCACGUCGAAUGGAAACAGGGUAGCGGGACGUUGCGGAGAAGGGC